UUCGUCGCAGCCGUUAGUAUCCGACUGUUCAUUCGUUCACUUCAUUGUGUUUUCGAAAAGUGAAAAAGAAUGGAUUAUCAUACAUACAUAACUUAUUUAUGUCGUCACGACUUUUUAUAUAGAUAUGAAACGAUAAGAUAUUAUUAAAAGUACGAACAUUUAGUUUUAGUGUUUAUUAUAUGCAAACGAAAAUGGAUCUAAUAUCGUCUAUUAUGAUCGGUGUCUUUAUAUUUAUGUGUUUGUAUUUAUUUUGGUUGUGGUUUUGUUUCGGCUGCUGUAUUAAAAGUCGACAAAAAACGCGAACCUCGCAGCAGAGACGAACAUAUAUGGGCUCGCGACAGAGGCCUUCGGAUUCACAGUCAGACCCAACAGUUUUUGUCAGUCCUGCCAACUUGCCCCCACCGCCCAAAUAUGAGGCGAUGGCGCCGCCUAGUUACGAGGAGGUAGUCGGUGUUCACUACCCAAACUUCCAAGCUCCGGUUCAACCAAUCAACCAACCAAUCACUCAGCCAAUCACAGCGGCGCUGGCUCAAAGCUCAAAUACGACAAACGAAAGCGACAAUAGCGCUAACAGUAACGCAAACGCUCGAAGCAACGGUGACGUCACGACUUCGACAGUUGUAACCGUCAUGAACGAAAGGACGCAAGUCACAGUCACGGCUUCGUGAUUUUAGACAAUUUAUAAAAUAUUUAUUGGCCAGUUCAACUGGUUCGAAAAUGCAUUUAUGGGAUUAAGUACAUAGGGUUAUGUACAUGAAUGAAUGGUUGAAGAAUGUGUACGAUUAUCAUUUUUUUGAAACGGUCUCGUAUUUUUCUUUUUAAGAUUAAGUCUUUAAGUGAAAUACGAUAGGCUAUGUUUCGAAUCGUAUGGACACGUUGCGUUUUUCUUUCGCGUACAGUUUUAUUUUUUUUGUAAGAAAACCCGCAACGCUACAAAUCCGUUAUGCACAUAAACAUCGUGUAAUACUGUCAAUGACGUUUUCAAAUAUUUCAUGAACAAUUAUUAAAAUAUGAGAAUCUAGUAAUAAUUUUCAGUCUUUCUAUAGAGGACGUGAGACUGACUUUUGUUACUAUUAAAUGUGUGUUAAUUGAAGAAAAUUGUAUUUUAAAGAAAAUUAAAAAUAACGCUUGUUAUGUUUAUGUACCUGUGUUUUGUAAUGUACAAUAAAAAUAUGUUUUAAUUAAAAUAUUGACAAUAAAUAUUUAGUAAUAAGAA